CCGCUCCUAGAGUUCGAUUUAUCUGCACGCAACUGGUCGUCUCUGUUUUCCGGCUUGAACACGCUCCAUAGCAGUAAACCAACACACGUUACAUCCACAGACUGCAGGCUACAACCGAGUAAUACCCACAACCUACAGCCAUGGCAGACCCAAGAAUACGGCAAAUUAAGAUUAAAACUGGCAUCGUGAGGAGGCUGGCCAAAGAGAAGGUUUCGUACCAGACCGAGGCGAAGCAGCAGGAGGAGAAGGUGGAGCGUCUGAAAGCGGAGGCAGGAGACCCGUAUGUCAUCAAGAAGCAGAUCGAGGUUUUGCAGGAGUCCCACAUGAUGGUCCCAGACUGCCACCGACGUCUGACCGCAGCCCACGGGGAUCUGUUUCAGUUAUUAGAAACAGAAGAGGAUUUGAGCGAAUCAGAGGAGUACAAAGAGGCUCGAAACAUAUUGGACUCGGUGAAGCUUGAAGGAUGAUUUCUGAUCUGUUUCUGUUCUCACUGUGAGAUUCACUCGCUUCUUUAAUGUUCAUUCCUUUCGUCGGACCCGCUUGGAGACCGUUGAGGGCGAACUGAAUCCGCCCAGAGUCUCCGUUGUUGAUGUGAUUAUUUUCUACUGUUUAUCGCUAACGUGUGAUCACACUCGAUGAAACACUCGGUUUAUCACAGAGGAGGGUUUCUCUUUCUGUUCGUCACACUGAAACACAAUCUGGACUUUAAAAGACAUAAUUAAACACACACACGCAUGUUUGUCUUUUCUGCAAUUAUAACCACUGUGGGUCCACUGCUGGAUUGAUUUGAAGAGGGAAGGCUUUACACUGAAUGAUGUAAACAGGAAAAAGAAAACUGUAGUUAUCCAUGUUUACCGUAAUACCUUUCAGAAUGAUUCCUUUUUGUAUGUAAAGAGCCGCUUACGCCUGCAGGGCGUUUAUUGGCUCUAACCUUAGCUGACGAUGCAUCCCAGAAUACUGACCAAAGCUGCAAGUAGCGAAUAUUUUCAUUCUUUCGAUUAAUCGUUCUUGAAAUGUCAUGAACAACUUGUGUGUGCAAAACACAAAUAUAUUCAACUUACAGUGAAAGAAACAGAAAAUAAUCAUAUUUGAGGAACUUAAAACAAUGAAUGUUUCUUUUUUUUUUUUUUUUUGAUCAAUUGUCAAAAUUGUUGGAAUGUAAUUUUCUUCCGCUCUAUAACUGGUGAAUAAACUGAUGGUUUCAGCUCCUAA